ACGACAAGUCAACAUGUCUGCUGUGAAAAAGGUCCAUAAUGCAGUUCCAGUCAUUUGUUAGUGAGUGCUGUGGUGUUUAAUAUCCAUGUGAACGAAUAUUAACGUGUACUUUGGCUGCUUAGAGGCUUUCCAAAGACAGAAACCUUGACCAAGGUGAAAAACAGUGACUCCAGUCCUAUUGAUACAGUCUAGGUCCGGGUCCGGACCGGUCCUGUCUGUGCAGCGGGUCUACUGCGCCAUCUAUCGACCAAUGACGAGUAACGCAACAACACUGAGAAGAAAACAUGGCGACGUCCUUAAGCGCCCGCUCUUGGUCUUCUUUCAGUCAGUAAACUUAUUUACCGAGGAACACAUUUUGUCCAACAGUCGAAAAGAAGCUAAGUCCUGUGGUGACGUGCAGUGCUGCGGUCUCUCCUGCACACUUGUGUGGUGUCCUGCUGUCCACCAUGUCCAGGCUGGCAGCGGUGUGUGGGGGCUCCAGGGGCAUUGGGAAGGCUGUGUCCCGCCUGCUGGCAGAGAAGGGCUGCAGGCUGGCUGUUCUGUCCAGGGACGGAGAUGCUGCCCGGGCCACUGUGGCAUCUCUACAUGGAGCUGACCACGUGGCUUUCAGCUGUGAUGUCUCUAAAGAGCAGGAGGUGCAGAAAACCUUUGAGUCGAUCCAGAAGACCUGUGGAAACAUCUCUUAUCUUGUAAAUGCAGCGGGCAUCAACAGGGAUGCUCUGUUACUGAGGGCCAAGCCGGAGGACAUGGUGGCUGUGCUUCACACCAACCUGCUGGGCACCAUGCUGACCUGCAGGGCAGCACUGCGCUGCAUGCUGCACACCCAGGGAGCCGCCAUUGUUAAUAUAGGCUCUGUUGUGGGCCUGAAAGGGAACGCUGGCCAGUGUGUCUACAGUGCCAGUAAAGCCGGUCUAGAGGGCUUCACGCGCUCUUUGGCUAAAGAAGUCGCUUCACGCAAUGUCAGAGUUAACCUGCUCGCUCCCGGUUUCAUUUGCACCGACAUGACCGCAGGGCUGAAGGAGGAGGACGGGGUGCACUCUAUCCCACUGGGGAGGUUUGGCGAGCCGGAGGAGGUAGCCCAGGCUGUCCUCUUCCUUUUGGAGUCUUCCUACGUUACAGGACAGGUGCUGGUGGUGGAUGGAGGACUGCAGCUGGCCAUGUAAGGGAUGGGGCCUACUUGGAGUUAUCUCACUGUUCAAAACAAAUGGCAGUGGGGCAGGUGAAAGUGUCACUCUGCCUUUCCUUGAAAAUUGUAUGUCUUGUUUAAGGCAUAGAAGAUGGAGACUGUAGAGGAAAUGGCUCAAGAGAAAGAUAAGGGGACAGUGGGCUCUAUGUUACUCAUGAAUGAUAAAUAUUACACUUAAUAAUGCUUCAUGGCUGAAGUUGGAUAUUGCUCUGGCCACAUGACGAUUCAGAGUCAUAUCUGGUAAGCUGUUGUGUAGUGUGAGAUUGGAUAAACAGUUUUUAAUAUCAUCUGAUUUCUUGUCAAAAUUCUUGCCACAAAACACAAAAGCUUUGCACAAGAGAUAAAAAGGCGGUUUCCUGACACAACCCCACAUCUCUCUGAGGAUCACUGUCCCGCUGCUCUCUGUCUUUCUGCUGAGUCACUCUGUCCGGCAACAGUAGGCGUGGCCUGAUGUGUGUGACAGUCGGUCGUGAUGACUAACGCUGCUGACUCCAGAGUGUCUGGCCCAGUCCAGACCUCCGUGCCCCGAGGUCCUAAAUUGGAUCAGCAGAUUGAACGCCGUUGGGUCUUUUUCCAUGACCGUAAAGCGCCCGCCACUGAUCGUAGCGCUCAUGUUUUGUUUCCCCACCGCCCCCGGGAGACCCCCUCACAGCCAGCACAUGUCUGCCCCCCCACCCCCCCUCCCUCCACCAGUGGCCCCCUGAGCCCACCUCUGGAGGGGCCUGUUGAGGGGCCAGGCAUGUUGGGCUGCAGCUGGAGGAAAUUAGACAUAGUGGUGGAGGUGUGUGUGUGUGUGUGUGUGUGUGUGUGUGUGAGGAGGGGGCGGGGGGGGGGUUAAUGUUUUGAGUGUCUGGUUACAGCUCUGAAACUGUAGUGUGGAUGGAUGGGGUUGGAGGUGACUGUCAUGCUCAGAGAUGAGAUAUGAAAUGAUGCGUUGAUUGUUCCUUUCACUGAAACAUGCUGUUACCAUCCAUUAGUAUCAAAAUGAGCAACUUAGACUGUGCUCUGUCUCUUUAAUGUGCGAUCGUCCUACAUGUUGUAUUUCCUAUUAAAGGAUUGGAUUAUGUUUACUCUGAUUAACAUUCUUAGCAAGAAUGGUCUUUCCACUGUGACUGAUUAUGUGUUUUUUGGGCAUUCUCUUAUUGUUUUAAGAAGAGUCUGCCAGUCUAUAAAAACAUCUCACACUCUCUGAA